AUGGUUUACUGCGGGAAGGCAUCUCAAGGAUGCCAGAAUUGUCGCACGAGGCGAAUCAAGCUUUCCUUGAUGUUUCGCGAUGAGAGCAGCAAAGUCAUACAGAAAGCCCACGCCCAGUGGGGCGGGCCACAUUCUGCGACAUCACCGACAUCGUCUUCCAGCUCCAGCUCGUCUGAUUCAUCCUCACCUCCGCCAAUUCUCGAAAAUGAGUCCCCAAUAAGAGGAACUACUUCAACAAGCAGCCUGGUCGCGCGACACGACGUGCGACCAAUGAGCAUUGACCUUUCAGUAGGCCCAAACCUCGACGAAAGGGGUUUACAAUUCUACAUCACGAGAUAUCUGAUGAAUCAUCCCGAUGCUCCUAUCGGUCCCGAUGGCACAGUCAUCUACGUACCGCAACAUGAUGCUUUGCAAAAUGUCCAGAUAGCUGUUGGGCUCGCUGGGCUUGGCAAUAUGAGAUCAGACAGUCAGCUUACAAUGCUCUCCCGGCAAAGGUAUAUCAUGUCUCUAAGAGAAACCGGUGCCCUUAUUGCAAGCACGCCUCGGACCGAGGUCCAAACUAUAGGAUCUGCCAUCCGGUCUAUAGUUACGAUGGCGUUAUACGAGGUUGUACAUGGAAGUUCAACCAGGAUAUCAGCAGGCACAGCAAAUGUCCACAUAAACGGGGCAGUAGCGUUAUUGAAAUCUGUACUUCCCAUGAGUCACUUGCCCGACGGGGGCUCACGGGUAGUGCUUCAGGUUUUAUUCUCUCUAUUCAUCCCGUCGCAGAUGACCGAAACACCACUUGCGCCAGCAUUCUUUGAGUGUCUCAAAGUAUGCCAAGAUAAUCUUGAAGGCUCACCGGAGAGAGUCUGUGUGGACCUCGCCAUGACGACGGCUCGACUUGUGCAGUUUUCUAGCAUUCUCGUCAAGCAGAGACUUUCAGACGGAAGCCCAGCGGUCGAGGCCAACCUCAAACAGCUGCUCACGCUACGCGCAGCAUGCGAUCGCUUGGAAAAGCGACUCUGGGAGACAUAUCCCUAUGGCGAAAAACACGACCCUUCGCUGCCAGCUAUUGCCGUCUGGCACGGCAAAUAUCACCUUUACACCGAGAUCUGGAGCGCCCGGAUAUGGAACCACUUCAGAUGGGCGAGGAUAUUGAUCCUCGAGAGUCUUCUUCGACUCUCAGCCAAUUAUCCGGUGACAGGUUCCCUUUACGUGCCAGACGAGACGCGUGCGGAAAUUCUCGGCACUGUCAAAAAAAUGGCAACCGACACCUUGAUCAGCACUCCAUCACACUGGCACCAUCCCAUACUCGACAAGCAAACAGCGAAGAUGAUAGAGGCAUCGAGCAAGGGUGGGACUGGUGCCGUCGGGCUUCCGACCUUGCUCUGGCAUCUCAAGGUGGCGGCAUGCGCCCCUGGUCUAGGGGACGAAGCCUAUGAUUGGGUCUACAGUGUGAUGCAGGUUGUGUGGAAAGACAUGGGAAUGCACCAUGCACGCCUCAUCUCUGGUUUCAUGGACGAGCACAAGAUCGGAGUCGAAAAAGCAGCGCUGAACCGGAUACUCAAACUCGAAGACGAGGAGGAGGCGGACGACGACGACGACGGCUAUUGA